AUUCGAUCAGCUCGUUGGAUGGUGGAACGAUGUUGUCGUUGAGCGAAGAAUACGCCGUGAUUUUGUAAACGGACACAGUUUAAUUGUCCACUGGCUCGUCGAGCGAACAAUUAUUACACUUCGACGAUCACAAAGUACGAUUUCCGAUAAAUAAGCACGACGAACGCUGAACACUUAACAAUUCUGUCCGCUUUGCAACGAAACGAUACCACAACGAUACGUACAUACGGCAUUCUUAAAAUAGACCGUUGCCGGGCUCGCUCGAACCAGCCUCUUCUUACCUUCGGCGCCACAAUAUUUACAAACACACCUGGCAUCCCUUCUUAAAUGCUCGACACGCGUUCCAGCCCCUCGAACGGCAAAGGUUUCACACGUAGCGGGAAUAGAAUACAUUCUAUUUGGAAGUCGCUAUGGAAACGUCGCCGGAGGAUGUGAGCGAUCUGCACGAUUUUUGGAAGGACUGGGACCUGAAAAACCUGACGGAAUCGGAGUACCUGACCAAGGUGCUGGGGCCCAAGUAUCUCCCGAUGAGGAUGGUUGUGCCGCUCACGAUAGCGUAUCUGGUCAUAUUCGUCACUGGGAUCUUUGGAAAUGUCGCCACGUGCACGGUGAUCAUCAGGAAUCCAUCGAUGCAGACGGCCACCAAUUACUACUUGUUCAGUCUGGCCAUAUCCGAUCUUACUCUACUUAUACUGGGAUUACCCAACGAGCUGAGCGUCUUUUGGCAACAGUACCCGUGGGCCCUGGGUGUCGGUCUUUGCAAGAUCAGGGCGUACGUGUCGGAAAUGUCCUCGUACGUGUCGGUUCUAACGAUAGUGGCCUUCUCCAUGGAAAGAUAUUUGGCCAUAUGUCAUCCGCUUCGGGUUUACAAGAUAAGCGGUCUCAAAAGACCGAUACGUUUCAUCUUGGCCGCGUGGUCAAUUGCACUGGUCUGCGCGAUACCGUUCGCGAUCUAUACAAAAGUCAAUUUGGUCGAGUAUCCGCCAGAGUCGGGUAAUUACUCGGCAAAUUCAGCGAUCUGCGCCAUGCUCUUACCGUACAUGCCCAAGUUUCCUCUUUACGAGCUGAGCAGCAUUAUAUUUUUCUUGAUACCGAUGCUGGUGAUCUUGGUGGUUUACACAAGAAUGGGCUGGAAGAUCAGGAACAGCACACGGGAUGUAGUGGUGCGCGGGGCGAUUCAUGGAGAUUCGAGACGGGUUCAAUCCCGGAGAUCCGUCAUCAGAAUGCUGAGUGCGGUGGUAAUCAUGUUCUUCGUCUGCUGGGCCCCGUUCCACGCACAGCGAUUGCUCUACGUCUACGCGCAGGAGUCCGACUAUUACCCCGAUUUGAACGAAUGGCUGUACAUUUUGAGCGGUUGCCUCUAUUAUUUCAGCACCACCGUGAAUCCGAUUCUGUACAAUUUAAUGAGCAUGAAGUACCGACACGCUUUCAAGCAGACGCUUUGCUGCGUUGGAAGGAAGCCACCUAGUCGUAGCUGGACUACCAGGAGGACACCGCAGAUGUGCGAGAAUGGUACCAACGGGAAGGCUCAUAAUUCGAGUUUUAAGAAUUCAGUGAGGUACACCAUCGGUCAGGCAAAAGAAAUGUUUCGGUUCACUGCGAGUCGGGAAACCGUGAACAGAGACGAGAACGCGAACGAUAAUGCGUCUCGUAAAUCUUACGCGCUGAAGAAGGAGGACUCAACGUCCAAACCCCUUCUCGACCGAAUGCACUCCGUUGCGCGGGAACAGGCGAGCAACAAAAGUGCACCGUCUAAAAGGACCGUGGAGGAAUCCAUGUCUACAGCGAGCAGUAUUCUGUGAUCUAUACGAUCUCUUCAAUCCUCCCUUGGCGCGGAGCCAUCCAACUCCGAUUAAAUCCUGUAAAUACUGUAGCUUGUAAAUUAAUUUACAUUUUUAUUUAUUCUUUGACGAUGUAUUAUAUGGUCGUGUCGUUUGUAAGUCGAUUUUUAUCCGGGAUCUAUUUUCCGUUGUACAAUUUCUUUCGUGUUUAAAUAAAAAGCGUCAACGGUGGGCGUUUUAAUUAGUUUCGACCGA